GUGUUGAAAGUCUUGAAAGCUCCCGGCAGUGUCGUAUAGUUGGGGUGAUGCACCUCGGGCGCCCAGGGUCUCUUGGGCGCCUGGGUCGCGAUGGGAUCCUGCGUGGGCACCGUGUCGAUGGCGUACGAGAUCCAGGCGUGCCAGAGCGGCUCGAUCUGCGAGGGGUCGUAAUCGUGUUUGGCGAAGUCAACCCAGCGCGUGCGCAGCGGGAGUUCUUCCUGGUUCUCGAAGAACUUGUUGCCGAACUUGUCGACGCCUACAAGGGUGCCGGCUUUGGUGUCGCCUACGAAGACGGUACCUUCAAGCCAACCUUGCGCAGGUUGCGAAUCGUUCUAGUGAUGGUAGACAUGGUUGUUGGUGUUGCCGCAACGAGGAGACUGGCAACUGACGCAGUGGACCGAGGUGAUCCAUUGCAGCUGGCAAAGAACUGUAAUGGAAUGAAGCUUUGGCCCAUGACAUAUGUACCUUCUAUGUACAUAUCGAGCUUACUGCCAAAUGCCCCUGCCAGGGCAUGGAAGGCAGGCCACGGGGAGGUUGUUGUAACUCCCCACAACCUAACUCCUUCCCGUCAGCAGGCGGUCAUCCCGCGUCUUCAGUGGAUUGGGCCGGGGUCCAGGCGCCUGCACUGUACGGGCGGCGCCGUUCGCUAG